CACUGUUUAGACACAGCAACGGAGGCACUCGAUGUUUCUCUGCCUGUGUUGCCAAAGACGAGCUAUUUAUUUCGUUAGGGUGUAGCAUAGUCUACAGAUAUAUUUAUUUGCCAAUGCUGUCGAUAGCCACCGUCAUGAUUUGCAUUCGACGGGCUAGCUAGCUAUGGUUUCCAUUGUACAGCCACUGUUCGUUACCCGCUGAUCCAAUGAUUGUUUUAUCGACAUACUCAUGGCGGAGACGAAGGUAAUAUAUCAUAUAGAUGAGGAGGAAACUCCUUAUUUAGUGAAAUUGGCAGUUCCUCCGGAGAAAGUGACUUUAGCAGAUUUCAAAAAUGUCCUCAACAAUCGUCCGGUCAACAACUACAAAUUCUUCUUUAAAUCUAUGGACCAGGAUUUUGGUGUUGUUAAAGAGGAGAUCUCUGAUGACAACACCAGGCUGCCCUGCUUCAACGGGAGAGUGGUGUCAUGGCUGGUCCUGGCGGAGGGCUCUCAGUCUGACGGGGGGUCCCAGUGUGCAGAGAGCCACGCAGAGCUGCCCCCCCCUCUGGAGAGAACCGGGGGCAUCGGGGACUCCAGACCCCCCUCCUUCCAUGCCAACGCCCUGAGCAGCCGGGAUGGUCUGGACACAGAGACGGGCACCGAGUCUCUGCUCAGCCACCGGAGAGAGAGGGAACGAGAGCGAGCGAGGAGGAGGGGGCGGGAGACAGAGUUCCCGCGGGUUAACGGACACUCCAAAGCGGAGCGUGUGACGCGGGCCAUGGGCUACGACAGCGCCUCCCUGAUGAGCAGCGAGCUGGACUCCAGCUCCUUCAUCGACAGCGAGGAGGACGAGGACACCAGCAGGCUCAGCAGCUCCACUGAUCAGAGCUCCUCCUCCCAGCUGAUGCGACGGCACAAACGCCGUAGGCGGAGACACAAAGUGCCCAAAAUCGAGCGGUCAUCUUCCUUCAGCAGCAUCACUGACUCCACCAUGAGCCUGAACAUCAUUACUGUCACUCUGAACAUGGAGAAGUACAACUUCCUGGGCAUCAGCAUCGUGGGCCAGAGCAACGACCGGGGCGACGGUGGCAUCUACAUCGGGUCCAUCAUGAAGGGAGGGGCCGUGGCAGCCGACGCCCGCAUCGAACCGGGAGACAUGCUGCUACAGGUGAACGACGUGAACUUCGAGAACAUGAGCAACGAUGAUGCAGUGAGGAUCCUCAGGGAGAUCGUCUCUAAAACUGGCCCCAUCAGUCUGACCGUGGCCAAGUGCUGGGACCCCUCCCCCCGUAGCUACUUCACCAUCCCCCGGGCCGAACCCGUGCGACCGAUCGACCCCGCAGCCUGGAUCUCCCACACCUCCGCGCUGACCGCCUCCUACCCUCACUACGAGUUUGACGACCUGCCGCUGUCGGUGAGUAAGACGGACAUGGCGACCAUCGUCAAGGUGAUGCAGCUGGCCGACUCGGGCCUGGAGAUCCGGGACCGCAUGUGGCUGAAGAUCACCAUCGCCAACGCCGUCAUCGGUGCGGACGUGGUGGACUGGCUGUACGCGCGGGUGGAGGGCUUUAAGGACCGGAGAGACGCACGGAAGUACUCCAGCAGCCUGCUGAAGCACGGCUACCUGAGACACACCGUCAACAAGAUCACCUUCUCCGAGCAGUGCUACUACACCUUCGGAGACCUGUGCCAAAACAUGGCGUCUCUGAACCUGAACGAGAGCUCCAGCGUGGGCGGCUCCGAGCUGGACGCCCUGGCACCCCUCCCCCCUCCCCCCACCAACCCCUGGCCAAUGGGGGGCCAGCCUUUCCCCUACCCCCCCUACCUGCCCUCCGGAUUCCCGCCCGGGUACUCCGACCCCUGUCACAGCUUCCACAGCGGCAGUGCCGGCAGUCCCCACAGUGAUGGAACCAGAAGCAGCGGUUCGAACCCCGGCACAGUGAAAGGGCGUCGCCCCUCCCCCAAGGAGAAGGACCGCAAGUCGACUGGCAGCGGGGGCAGCGAAUCGGAGCCCGCCCCGCGGGGUGGGAGGCGGGCCGAACGAUCCUCCAGCCAGCUGAGCCACCACAGCCACGCCCACUCCGCCCACGGCCGCGCCCACUCCGGCCACGGCCGCGCCCACUCCGCCCACGGCCACGCCCCGUUCCCCUACGGCCACGCCCAGUUCUCUCCGCCCGCCCCCCUCUCCUGCGAUCCCAGCGAACGGAGCCACGCCUCCUCCUACGGCCCCCCAGGCCUGCCCCCCCCCUACAGCCUGGCCCGACUGGCCCCCAAAGUGCCCCUGAGCAGCAGCGGCGGCGGCCCCCCCGGGGCCCCCCCCACGCGGGACCUGGGGCUCGCCCCCCCCGAGCUGACGGGCAGCCGCCAGUCCUUCCAGCACGCCAUGGGCAACCCCUGCGAGUUCUUCGUGGACAUCAUGUGAUUGGCUGGGGGAGGGGUCAGGUGACGCAAGCUCGCUUUUUUUGGGGGCGUGUACUGUGAACGUACGCCCCGAAGCCGCGCCUCCUCCAGCCUUCUGGGGCGAUGACAUCACCUCCGUUCCUUUUUCGACAAAAGCCGAUUUUUUUUUUUUUUUUUUUUUUUUGCAAGGCAUGCUGGGAUAGCUGGUGACAAGAGACAAGCCAGCGAAGCACUCUGAAGGGACUGGGAAUGCUGACGCUUCUAUCCAAAGUGACUUACAGUUGAUUAGACUAAGCAGGGGACAAUCCCCCUCUGGAGCAGUGUGGGGUUAAGGGCCUUGCUCAAGGGCCCGACGGCUGUGCGGAUCUUAUCACCACCAACCUUCCAGGUCCCAGUCGUGUACCUUAGCCGCUAGGCUACAGGCUGCCCCAUGGCGCAGUAACCAAUCAGAUUAAAGAUGAAUUGUCCCCCCCUGUAGUACCUCCACGAGCAGCUGAAUGCUGGUUCUGUUCCCUGUGGGUGUCACACUGGACUGGACCCACCCCCCCUCUGAGUCUGGAUCUCAAUCCUCCAGACUCCCAGCGCCAGGAAGCAGGACGCAGGAGGACCCCCACCCACGAGUGAACUCCAUUUCCCACAAUCCUCCUCUCGAUCACAGGGUAAAUCAACUGUCUCUGGGUGAUGUUGGGGAGUCCCUAUUCAAGCACACUAACCUUACAAACAACAAAAUUACCAUUUACCUGUCAGAAGUUAAAAGAAACACCCCCUUAGCUUAUGUUAGUGAUAAGACUGUGUGUGUGUGUGUGUGUGUGUGUGUGUGUGUUUGGUUGGCAGUUUUUUUUUUUUGUUUUUUUUUUUUGCAGAAAACCCCAAUAUUCUGAUCCUCAUUAAAACUUCUUACAACUGGACUAUAACAAAAAUGUACCCAAUCACGUGACGAUGUAAGGUGAUCGUGCAAAACAGGGGGAGAGAGAGACAGUCACAGCAUUUCCAGGUGUUGCAGCUAAGCCGCGUCCACACCUGCCAGCCAGACACUAGCACAACGUCACCUCCGGAAAAAACCAGCAGCACCUUCCAACAACACCGACUUCGGGGGGGAAAAAAAACCUUUCCGCUAUAAACUAACAAAGUGUUCAUUUUAAUUCCCCAAACUGACGUUCUAACUGGAAUUCUGCCUUUGCGCAAAAUGGCUGCUUUUACCGUAAUCUACGGUUGCGUUCUCUUAACGGCGAACUGACUCCCGUAUCCACGACGACCGUGAUUUUUGACUCAAAUUGGGAUUUUUGACUCAAGUCAUCGUGCUUGUCUGGACUGUGAAAUGUAAAGAGAAACCAAGGAAGUGUGUCAACCAAAGGCUCCUGCGAAAAGAGUUUUAACGUCGGGGUGACCACUGGGCAACUUGCCCAGAUAAGCACAGCGAACGCUUUCUGGACCGUUCAGAGACGUUCCUGUAAUCGCCCUCUUUUAUACACAGCAGAGACUGUGCACAACACCAACCCCGGUCCUGGAGAGCUACUGGGUCUGCUGGUUUUUGUUUUCGCCUUAAAAGCAGCACCCUGUUGAGACCCAGGUAACCAGGUGAGAUGACUUAGCUGUGUAAUCAUCUGCUCUAAUUGAUUAAUUAAGUGCAGAGUAACAGCGAAAACCAGCAGGCUCAGUAGCUCUCCAGGACCAGGGUUGGUGACCUCUGGUGUACAACAAUAGUCCCUGAUGGCCAUAGGUCUAAAAGUCCAACGGUCAGAAAGUAAAAGUCCCGCCAUGCAUUUCUUCCGCCCAUGAACUCAGCCAGCUGAUUUCUCUCGCUAAGUGACUCCAUCUCCUGGCUGUAAAAUCGUGCUGAUUGGGGAAACCCAGGUGAUUCGAGCAAAAAUACUGAGGAGGACCUUUACUCUCUGAAGCUGGAUUCUCCGGCUCUGGUGUUGCUCUAGAGAUUGGUCGGGGUGUCUCUGGCUCUGUGUCCACCGACAGCACUUCACAUGCCCGUCAUUCUUCACAUUUAAAUGUGUCCUUUUUCCCCCCCAAAGCAUUAUGGCAAUCCUGUAAUCACGCGUUUAAGCACUUUUUAAAUGUCUUUCGUCUGACCCUUUAGUAUUAAACACUGUUUGCAAUCUGCAUUCUGCAUUCUUUUUGAAGAUUAUCAAAUUGUACAGGAAAAAAUAUAUAUUAUAUAUAUAUGAAAAGUAAUUGUAUAUGUAUAAAGACCAGGACUGGCAGUUUUUCUAAGCCGACACAUUGUAUAAACUGAUACGAUGGAAGUGGUGUUCCGAUAUUGGUGAAUUUGAUUUUUCUUUUUUUUUUUUUUAUAAUUUUCUCCCUAAUAAUUUUAAUAUUUUUGUUUCUGUUGAUGAAAUCUGUUAUGCAGUCAAUUGUUUUUAUUCUUUAUUCAAAGAAUAAAAGAACAAUAAAAGUUG